GUUUUUCCCUGUUCUUGACAGUGGUGCUUGGAGCCGAGAGGGUCAGGGGGAGGAGAGGAAAGGGAGUGGAGCGAGAAGACGACAGGAGGAGAUCCACCACAGGGUGACCAAUUUACCCGGACCAUCCUUGGACAGCUGGGCUACUCAUGGUCCUCCACCCUGGCCGCUCCGAGCGACCGCAACACCGGAUCGGAUUGUCAGCCGCGGCGGUCCUGUCGGGGGAACAGACUGAAGAUGAUCACGGUGAGUCCGUCUCUCUGACCGUCACUGCUGCUGCUGCACACUGCAGGCCGACAUAUAUAAUAUAUGUUCUCCUGUCACACAAACGUGUCAGACGCAGUUGCACUAAACCGUGGACGCCUCUACCACUUUUCUGUCAGCACAGUAUCUCUGCAGGACUGAAUGACAUGGCUGGCUACAGCUGCUGCUCAGGCCUCCCGCUUCACACUGGUGCUGUUGAUGGCAGAGGAUACACGGUCAGCUCAGGUUUUCCACUGGCGGCCAAUAUCAAUAUAUAUAAAUGUGUAGGAAAAGCGAAGGAUUGGAUGCAUCACGGCGCGUAAAUGUGUCUUAAUACAGCGUACAGUCCUGAGGGGUGUUAUUAGACAAGCGUCCAUUCAGACUCUGCAUCUGAUGCUCAUGUAAUGAUCCAAAUCAGCCGCAUAUCAUCUCUGAUAACACAAGUUUAAAUGUUAACACCUGCGUUUUUACCCCUUUACGCACUUCACGCACACAUCCAGGAUGUUCGGAAUAACCGGUUUUGCAGCAUUAUGUGGUGUAACAGACCUCCAUCCACUGACUGAUGCUGAGGAAUGUGCAGCAGCAGCAGCAGCAAUAACGUGUUUAUAUAUCUGUUUAUUUACCAAACACUCAUGAUUGUCAAUACACUUUUCCGGGGAAGCUUAUGCGUCGCUGCAGGCUGAGAGGAAUUUGCAUUUAAUAUCCCUGUCACAGAGGCGUGUUUGUUUUUUUUUAUAACUUGGACAGUCGGACGCAACGGAAUGGUUUUAUGGUCCCCGCUAUGGUUGUCACAUAGGCCACGGUGUUAUGUAACAAGAAGCCUACGCUGUUUGAAUGCGGGCCCUCACACACGGCCUGCCUGCCUGCCUGCUUGCCCGUGCAUGGCAGUCACACACCGGAUGGCAAAUAUAUCCGCAUGAUUAUACCAGGACUGUGGAAAAUGAAGAGAUAAUGUCAAUCAAACGCGCGUAUUUGCUCAAUCCAUUUUGCGUGUGGAUGACAACAUAGACGCACACAGAUCCAGGGUGAUGCACGGACUUGUCUGACUGGACCCAGCCCCACAAAUGAAGGACCCUCUCUGCUUGGUUGUUUAUGGCUGUAACGCCAAGAGUAGCGGCUGUCCGGUUGAAAAUGUCCCCCUAGGAAUAGUCAGUCACCUCCGCCUACCCUUCCCAGCUUCCCCCCUCCUCCCCUCUCUUCUAACGCUAGUGGGGAAACCGGAGAGUACAGUCAAGCACCAUGCAAACACACACCAUACACACAUAUACACACACGCCAAAGCGACUGGCAACACCGCGACGUUUGCAAAUGGGUACAAGCUGGUCGACCUUGUGCAGGGGAGUGAGGGACGCAGCCGGGGAGGAGGAGGUGCUGGAGGUGGGAGGAGAGGAGUGGAGUGGAGAGGGGAGGUGUGUGUGAAAGAGAGAGAGAGAGAGGGUGGGCUGGUUCUCCUUGAAUCUUGUCGAUCCGCUGCCAGGGAGGAGGGAUACGGCUUGGACGGUUACGUGCCAGAGAAGGCGCAUGCAGGCAAGAUAUAGCGAGGAAAUGCUAUUUUUGCUUCAACAACACAGCGUGCCUCUCUGGUGAAAAUGCCGGUCGUGGAGGAGGCGGCGGCAGCAGAAGCGGCUGCGUUGCGUUUGCGCGUCUUCCAGCACAGUGUGGAGCUCAGGGCGUCUGGAGGCCUGGUAAGAUCAGGCUAGAAGAGCCAUAUGUCGAUGUUUUAUAUUCAAUAAGGACAGAAACUAUGAUUGUGCUAUUCAAUAAGGCAAAUCAAUCAAAUUCCUCUAGGUUAUUAGAAUGGCAGAAAAGACAUGGAUACCAUAUCUGACCAAGUCAAAUCAGCUGUCUAAAAGAAGACAGACCCACUUUGAGUCUCUGCAGGAGUGUUUUUUUUUUACUGUUCUUAUCAGGAAUCAAUCAAAGAUGCAGCCUCGCAAAACAAAAACAGUCCUUCUAAUUCAGAAACAUUGUUCAUGCAAAAAAUCAGCCCCCAGUCAAGCUUUCUUACCCCUAAUUGAACCCCAUGUCAUAUUUGUAAAAGGGUCUAACUUAAACCUUUCUGUCUCAUUGACACUUUUACGACCAAGUUUUUCAUCUUGGUUUCAGACUAUCCCCUAUUCACGUUUCCUCUCUUCCCCUUUUUGUUGAUAGACAAGGUUAGUUUUUCAUAAAGCACAUUUUGGCAAUAAGGCAAGAAUCAUGACGGAGGUCGGAAAAACAUGUUCAGAUAUGAGAAGACACGAAGGAAGACAUUAAAAUGUAAUUUUAAGUAAAAGCCUAUUUUGAAAAUGUCAGAAAGAAAAAAGCACAUGAAGUUGUGUCCAAAUUAGACGGAAAAGUAAAAUGUUGUCAGAAAAAAUGAAAUCUCAAAACAGAAAUAUGGAUUCCCAAGAUGAAUGAGGUACUUGAAUUACACAUUAUGAGGCGUAGAAGCAGAGGAAAUCAGGAAAAAAUGAAAGAAACUUUUAUGAAAACAUUUCAAAUAGUAUAAUAUCAAGUAGCACCAGGCUGAUAUGAAGUCACAUACGUCUGUGAUAUAGGUUUUGUAAUGCCUACAGUGAAGAAAAUGGAUUUUCUAGUUACAGUAGGAACAACUUUUAGUCUAGUGCCUCAGGACGCUCAGAUCCCGUCAUGCUAUUUCUCUCAUCACCGUCUGGAUAUUUGUCUUGACAGUGUCCUGUUGCUCAGUGGCAUUUAUCUGUAUUUACAGCUCAGCUUAAUCUGCGAUUGUUUGUGAGUACAUAAAACAGACC